AAGCUUGAACUGGUCGGCUCCCAUUGAAGACGGCGUUCAUAUAAAAAGGAGGAAAGAGAAUCACCAGAUCAACGAGCCCAAGAUCCUCAUCAUUGCCAUUGCCAUCAUCGUCUUCCUUGUUUUGCUCGGAUCAAAGAAAAAACAGGACUCGUUACACGCCCGCAUCGCCUGUGCGUUCCUGCUGCAAUUGCCGUGUGAACGCUCACCCUCUAUCAAAGAAAACAAAAAAAAAGGUUGAUCCGCACAGCCGUCUGGUAGGCGACGUAUCAUGCAACGACAGAGGCAUCCGAUUGUUCUUGCACUUGCAGAGAGGUAUAACAAGAGACCAAUUCGUCGAAAGCCUUGAAGCAAGACAAGUUCGAGUGAAGAGACGCGAAGGAGCGCGUUCAUUGUCUGCGGGCCGGACGAGCCAUACGAGCCGUACGAUAGCCUCAACCCGUCCCCGACGACAAACGCUCGCCGUCGGCACCAGUCAAAUUCCCGAGCGACGAUCCUCACGGUACGUCGAUCCGUCCUCUGUUUACAUUCGCAUUUUUCACCCUUGAUAUUCUUGUUAUUUUCGCCACUCCCCGAGCACCGACAAAAUACCGGCGCGUGGGCUGCAUCGACCGGUCAGACAGAUCGUGCCCUCGUCCGGCGUCGAGUCCCCAGGCACUUAAUACCAGGCAGGCGCUGGUGUGUGUCUGCAGCACCCAACGGCCUGUCUGUUGACGCUGUUUGCUGCUUUCUUGCUAGCCUGACUGUGCAGGUGUCGGCAUUCCAUCGCGCAAGAUCUCCGCCAGCACGCCCGUCACGGCGACGUCCAGACGACGAGCUCGCAAGACAAUACAAGGGAUCCAAGCCUCCAGCCAAUCGAUCCUCGCCGUCGUCUUCUGCCACAGGCUGGCUCUUGUGCCACGGCAAGCCUGAUCGACCCUUCAGCUGUGCCCAACUCCUGUAUUUGACCCUCCGCCCGACCGCCUCUCGCACCCCGUCUCUCCCGCGCGCUCGCCCUCAGCGACCCCCCGUCGCCGCCGUCGUCCGGGGUCGCCAUCGCUCGUCGCUGCUCCGCCCGUCUGCCGUCCUUCGCAGCGGCAACCCGCGCUCGGCCUGGAGGCUGCGCAUUGGCCAAUUCGGGCCUCAGAUCCAGCCGUCGCCCUCAACCUGAGACACUCGUCCUUCGCCCGCCCGGCCCCGUUUCUGCCCAAUCGUCUUGUCCGUCAGCCCUACCCGACUGUUCGGACACAAACACGCACCUUCCCCCUCUCCCCUCCAAGGAACGACUCUUCCUUCCAGAAUUUCUUCUCUCUGGUCCCUCCUACCCCCUUUCCCGUCCGCACACCUCCCUCCCCGCCUUUCUCCUGCCUCGUGCGCCCGGCUUCGAACGCAGGAGCUUGCUGCUUUUGUUUACAAACAUCCGGGUCAGAUCUGCGGGUCACGCCCUUUAGUCGUACCGUACUUUGUCGCCGGCGCACGAGUCGAGCCAGCAGUCGCAUUGUUGACACCUCGUUCGACAACAACCGUCGCGGCCCGUCCCAGCAGGUCCCAGGAGGUCACCGCUCGCCCAACUUAUGAACUACUGUUAUGUCGCUGAGAUUCACCGUCGAUCACAACACAGCCGAAACAAGUUCAGAUAGCGAACAAAUCAUACACGGCGCUAGGUGGGCAAACUUUGAAGACGACGAAAUAUCUGACGACGACGACGAAGACGACGACGAGGAAGUCGACGACGACGACGACGAAGAAGAAGACGACGAAGAAGAAGAAGACGACGACGACGAAGACGAUAGGAAUUGGGACUGCAUAAACGACAUCGCCCACGGGAACGACGGUCCUUCGCGGAACAUCCUCCCUGCAGAGUCCGCAUCUCAAUCACGGUAUCCCACCAGACCAAGCAGGGGAUACGCAGCCGGCAAGCAGCCAGAGGGGCGCGGCAAGGUACCGCGACCACCACCGAAAGUGCCUGAACCACCUCCCGGCCCUGAGCCUCGGCGCUCUCGGCCUCGUCGUUCCCAUUCGGUUCGCCCGCGAUCUGACGUGGGCGAGUCACACGAUGAUUACCCGCUCUACGGACGGGGACUGGGUGAUCUCCCGUAUCACUCGAUGAAGACGUACGGCAGCGGAGGUUUUGACUCUGCCUCCAUGGUGUCUGCUGUUGUCGAUGAUCCGUACGCCCUUCACAGAUAUCAUCGUGACCCCUUCACGGCUCCAACCCAGACGGGGAAUCCGUUUGCAGAACCUCCGGAUCCUUAUUUUCAAACGCGGCGAAAUCGCAUGUCGAUGCCUUAUGGAGGCAGCGAAUUGGCCCGAUACGGUGCGGCUCCGUCUUAUCCAUACAGCAUCUAUCCUCCCCCUCCAGGCUACCCCUACCCUCCCUACCCACCUUAUCCACCUGCACCUCCUUUGCACCACACACCAUCGCCGCAUGCGUCGAAGAAGAGCACGCCUGCGCCUCCACCACCGGCCCCUGCGCCUCCGCCGGCGGAAGCUGGAACGGUGGUAGUGAAAACACCCGAGCCCGACCCGAGCCUAAAGAUGCUUCAAGACUUCAUCGCUGCACAGGAAAAAGCCAGGGCUGAAAAGGCUGCGGCGAAACAAAGGGAGAAGGAGGAAGCUGCUGCUGCCGCCGCGGCCGCCGCCAAGAAGGCCGAAGAGGACAAGCUGGACGCGCUCCAGAAGCUCAUCUUAGAACACAACAAAGCGCAGCUAGAGCGUGAGAAGAAGCGACUUGAGGAAUGGGAAGCCGAGAGGAAGAAGAAGGAGGAGGCCGAGAAAGCCGCGGCCGAGGCGAAGCGGAUCCAGGCCGAGAAGGAAAGGGAGAUCAAAUUGGCUGCAGAGAAAGCAACGCUAGAGGCGGAAAAGAAGGCCGCAGAAGAGGCCCAGAAGCGGAAGGAGGAACACGACAAGGAGCUAGAGGAGAUCAGGAAGAAGGCAGAAGAGUUGGAGGCGGCGAAGAAGGCCGCAGAAGCCGAGGCCAACGCACUAAAGCCGGCUGAUGACAUGAAACAACCACCCAUUCGAUUUAAGGAUGCCGUCGGUCGCAAGUUUAGCUUUCCCUGGCAUCUAUGCAAGACAUGGAAGGGCAUGGAAGCGCUCAUUCAGCAAGCUUUCCUACACGUUGACGUUAUCGGACAACACGUACACGAAGGCCACUACGACCUGAUUGGACCGGACGGCGAGAUCAUCCUUCCGCAGGUUUGGGAGACGAUGAUCAAACCGGAUACCAUGAUCGAGAUGAAGAUGUGGCCCAUGCCAGAGAAGAAACCUCCGCCAGACCUUCCGCCGCCGCCGCCGCCAAUGUCGAUUCCACCACCGCCGCUAAGACCCCCAAAGACCGACAAGAAGGGCAAAAAGGCCAAAGGAAUCCCCCCGCCGCCUAUGGAUAUACCGCCCCCGCCUCCGCCUCCAAACAUGGCUGGCGGCCUGCCACCACCUCCACCUCUACCACCCCCGCCGCCGGGCGUUAUUCCUGUGGAUCCACACGUGGCCCAUCCACCUCCGCAAGCGUUGGGUAAGGAAAAGAAGAAGAAGAAGGGCCAGCCCACGGGCUUCCUUGUGUGGACGGCCGGCGGACCUCGCCGCGAGCAGUCUUUAAAAGCCGAAAAAAAACCUGAGUCCGCCAGCAAAGGCGCUCCAAAGCAAGUGAAAGCAGUAGUAGCGCAAAUACCGACGAGCGAGAAUGGCAAGCCGGCAAGACCAAGCGCGCCUAAUGGCAAGGCCGAGAAGAAGAGCUCCUGGCUCCCGUUCUAGUGGUUCAACGCACCACCUGGCGGCAUUUGCCCAACGAGCUUUGUCUCGGCCCUCUCGACUCUAUUGCGAAGACUGUUUGUGUUUUCUUGGAAACUUGUGUUUUGGAGGUAUGUCUGUUCCAGACGGAUUCACGGGGGCACGGUUUUCCUCCCGCGGUACGCGGGUCUUUCGUGUUCCCACACCUUAAUAUUUUUUUUCCCUCAAAUUCCUCAAACCCCCUUUCGCCAACUUCUCCAAUGGCCAAACACGUUUGCCCUUCGUUGGUGGAAGGGAUAUGGGCGGCUCAAUUUCCCUUGUUCUCGACUGCACGCGGCGGCAGCUGGAAGUCUUCUUCUCCAUUCUCCUGAGCGCCUGCUCUGUUUUGCCUUCCUACAGGCAAGGAAGUCAGACGACACGAGAAGAGAAUCAUCAUUUUUUUUGGUAGAUACGGUGCUUCCAAGGAUUCCCCGCUUUUGUUCGGCUCCAUACUUGGUGUUUUGCGCUUGCGAGCGGCCCUCCUCUUCUUAAGGCGCAUUUUCUGCUACGCACUUUGGAUUUACAGUCUAUAUACCACUUUAGCAUGUAGGCCCAUCUGGACAGGACCACGAUGGCGCGGCUGGGAUUGCAUGGCGAGCGAUUGCUUUUGUUUUCAAGUUUUGAUGGUUUAUGAUUUGGUUUCAUUUUUCCUCUUUUGCUGACUUUUGCUUUUGCUUCUGAGUUCUUUUUUUUGGUUUUCCCUCUUCGUCAGCCCUUUUGCUUGUUGACUACUUUGGGUCGGUUAUGAUACGUUUUGACGAUGGAUGUGGAGCAGGUGUCGACGACAAGCACGAGAAUCACGUGGGAACGAUGGAACGGGACGGUUUGUUUGACUGCUGCUCUGUCGUGUCCGUUCGUCAAGGAGGGAAAAACGAAAAGAGAAAAAAAAAGGAUAAUCAAUGAUAAAGUAACAUUAAGCAUGGCUGCUCCCCCCUGAAUCUGUACAGUUUUUCUUUUUGGAUUUCAG